AUGGAGUUUGAAAGUCGGUAAUUCAUUUCUCAAAGUGAAUUCAAUCGCAGUGAAAAGUUGACAUUAACCACAAUACAAUAAUAUGUUUCUAUAAUUGUAUUGUUGUUGGCACUAGGAGACGCUGUAAUGUUGUUUGUAAUCAAUGGAUUUGUGUUAAAUUACAUUACUUUAAGCUAUGCCAUCAUAAAUGUGCUCAUCGUUUUGAUUUGCAUCGGGACCCUAGUUUGGAAUAACUAGUAAUAGAACUAUCUGAAGACGACUGAAGAUGAAUGGGGAGAAUUAACAGAUAACUUUAACGGGAGGUUAUUAUUCUUUUUGACUAUCCUUAUGGCAAUCGCAGAGUUUGUGUUUUUUAUCUUGAUUAUCCUGUCUAGUGAUUAUAUCUAAGGACUGUACUAAUCAGAGAAGAUUGGAAACGAUUACCAGAAAUUCGAUAAAGUUGUAUCUGUUAUGAAACCAAUUAUAUUGAUAUUUUCAAUCUUAAUUGUUGUUGGAUUAACAUACACCAUACACAACUUUUAUCAGAUGACAAUCUCCUCAAUAACAAGUCGAUUCAACAUAUACCUCCUCUGCAUAGCUGCAUCCUUGACCUGUUGGGGAUCUGUGUACUUAUUGAAAGGAAUGGACAUCUAUCCUAUCAGUGCAAUUUUGAACCUCAUCAUACUGGGACUAAUUGUCUUUGCGAUCAUAUCAAACACUUGGAAAAUCAAAGGAUUGCUGAUGAUUUUGGCAGCCCUUCAAAUCCUUAUAAUUCCAGUACUUUUAGGAUUCUAAGCUCAAUACAUACGAGACUUUUAAGAAUAGCAAGAAAGUAAUAUUGCAAAUUGUUAAUAAUAAAUGAAUAAUUUAUCUGAAUCUUAUUUGUCUCAACACUCCUGUGCCUCAAAAUAUAUCAAAGACAUUUAAACUUAAAAUUGCCCUAAUGGAGAAAAAGAAUGUUCUGUAUAUUCUACAACAUGUGAUCGUGAUGCUCAAGUCUAGAGAUGGGAAGAAUAAACAACAGAUCCUGCAGAUCAUCCAUUGGGAUGCUUGAAUUUGAAUUGUUGUAAAACAGUAAGUAAUAUUUACACAAAAGAUCUGUUGAUUCUAAUAAUGCUAUCUUUGGCAACUCCAUUGUUUUUAUUUGCUUUAAUUUUAUUCGAAUUCCACUUAUCAAGAAGAACAAGAUCUGAUAAAACAUUAGGUAGAAACAUAGAAACAUUAUUCCUAUUAUUAUUCAUUGGUACCAUAGUUUUUGGAAUUCUCUUAUUAGUAAACAAUUACACACCUAUCCCAUUAAAAAAGGAAGUUAAUUUCGAUCAACCUGCAAAGGCUGUAAAAGCAAAGGAAUUCACAAAGAUCUAAACAAGAAUGUGUCAAUCAAUCACUUAAUUGGUUGGUAGCAGAGUUGAAUUAAGUAGUGAAUGUAAGUCAACAACUAAUUGUCCUUUGAAUAAAGUAGAAACUGGCAAGAAAGAGACAAAUAUCUUAUUUGGAUUGUGGGUUAAAGGAGUUUAACAAUUUAAGAGGAAGGAAGCAACUACCUAUCAAACUUUGGCUGCUGCUAAAUUCUUAUGGCCUAAUUAUGAUGGCAAUGAGUUAGACUUCUUUGCUAUAAUCGGCAAAUUGGAGUAUGUCUAGUAGUAUUUGGAUGAUGUUUAAGUGUGUUAUCAAGUGGGUUCAAAAGACCUAACCAUAAAUUUAUAUCAAAAUGUUGUCGAUAUUCCAAUUGAAGAAAAGAAUAGCAAAGUUUAUCAUUAUUCAAUGUUCUCUCAUUUUGCAGAUGCUGCAGCUAAACCAACUGAACCAAGUAAGGGAAGUCCUACUAGUCCUACUACUACAGAUAAGGGUAGUAGUGAUCCAAAAUCAUCGGCAACUUCAACAUAACCUAAAUGUGAGAUUCCUAAUUGUUAAGAAUGCAAAGACUAACAGUGUGUUACUUGUAAGGCAGGCUUUGAUAAAGAUGAUGAAAGAGGGUGUAAAUUUACAGGGAAAUUAGGAGUUAGUGAAUCUAUAUAGGUUUAAUUGUUCAAGGAAAUGAAAUCAAAGGUGAGUGGAUUUGUAGUAGGAGAAAUAAAAAAAGUAGAGGAUAAGUUAUAUACUCAAUAUCCAUUAUAAGAGGCUAAGAUUUGUUGGAGUCAGGAAGGAUUGGAAAAACCAAUUUGUGAGGUAGCAUCUCCUAAGGGAGAAUAUAAAUUACAGAUAUCAACCUUUGAUGUAGCUGAUUAUAGCACUUAACUCUUUUAACCAACAACUGGAUUAGUAACUGUGGCUGCCAUUGGUUAUGAUGACUAUGUAUAAUCUUAAGUGGUUUAAUUCUAAGAAGAAAUUAAUUUUGGAACUAUCUUGUUAAGAUCUAAUGUGACAAUACCUAAAGUUUAAGCAGCACCACCUCCAAAGAAAUAUUAACAUGAAGCUGAAUCAACAACCACUACUACUACAAAGCCUACCACAACUACAGAACCAGCCAAGCCUACAACCACAAAAGAACCAGCUAAAGAAUAACCCAAAGAACCUGCAAAAGAAUAACCAAAGGAACCUGCAAAAGAAUAACCUAAAGAACCUGCAAAAGAUUUACCUAAAGAACCUGCAAAGACUGAAGGUGGAUGUAAAAGUGGAGAAUAUUUGGAUGCUAGAAAGAAAUGUUAACCUACUGGAUGCACUAAUGUUCCAUUUUGUAAAUUCUGUGAUAAAAAUAAUAAGUGCAUUAGUUGUUAAGCAGAAUAUCAGUUAUAAGCUGAUAAAUCUUGUCUUCCAGAAAAUGGAUGUUCUAAACCUUACUCUUAAAACUAAUGUUUGAAAUGCUCAACAGACAAGGAGAAGUGUGACCAAGAUUUUUGUGAUGCUUUCUCCACUUUUGAUAAUGGUUAAUGCAAAUAAGCAUACAAAUUAUGCACUACUAAAAUUGCAAAUUGUGCCAUCUGUACUAAAGAGAACAAAUGUGCUGUGUGUGAACAAGGAUAUAAGGUUGUAAACGGAGAAUGUAAAUUAGGAGAUUUCUCUCAGAUUUUCUAGAUCAAUUACUAUGAAACUGAAGUAUAUGUUGUAGAUGUUAUGGAUUGGAAUCAUUUAGAAUCAGUCAAAGUUGAUUUGAGAGUGGGUAGUUGUGGAUCAUUUUAGGUAUAUGGAACAGCUAAGACUGAUUCCAAUGGAAAAGUUGCAUUUACUAGAUUGGUUAAGGGUUCACAAUACAAUUUAAUUGUCACUCAUCCAGAUUAUUCUUAAAAUUGCUAUGAAUUCUAAGAUAAUGAAGUUACUAUUGUCCCAUUAUCCAAGAAAUUAAAAUCUGGAUAAGUUAGAAUAGUAUUGGAAUGGCACAACCCAGAUAUUAAUUUAGAUCUUUAAUUGUCCUUUAAUCCAACAGAUACUUCAAACUGUUUAGUGGGAUAUUUAGAUAACGAAUGCACUGGAGCCAAGUUUGGUAAAUCCUCAGAUGAAGAAUAUAGUUUUGAAGCCAUUGAAAUUAAUGCUCUUGUGCUUAGUAAAUACUUGAUUUUUGUUCAAAAUUUUGGUGACAAAGAAAAUUAUUAAGAAAAGUUGAUAUCAUCAAAUGCUCAUAUCAAAUAUUAUGUGGCUGAUAAAGAUGAUCCAGCUGUCACUUUUGUAGUGCCAAAUGACAAAUAAUCUGAAAUCGUGGGAACUACAGAGGCCCUUAAAACUGAAUGGUUAGCAUGGUUAGUAGGAUGCAUAGAUGCAAAUGAAUCUGAAAUUCCUGAAUCCCUGUUUUCUUAAAAUGGUGUAUGGUGGACGGCUAGUUUAAAUAGAUGGUAUCCUGAAAUCCCUCAAAAAACUUCUCAAAACUAUUUCCCAUCACCAAAAAUUUGUGACGUUUGAUCAAAUACAAUAAUAUAUAUAUAUAUAUCAUAAACCUUCAUUAGAAAA